AAUAGCGGUGCAGCUUGUUGCGAGGUGCGCAGAGCGGCGGGCGCAAGUGUAGGCCGGGCGGCUUUUCUUUCAUAUUUCCUCGGCCCCCUCCCCCCACAUUCGCUGCACCGUUUCUUUCUUUUUUUUAACGCCUGAGGAGCAGCGACGGUUAUUGCUCGUCGGAAUCAUGAGGCGAGUAAAGGGAGGGGGGGAGAAAUGGGGGAGGGGCUGGCACGUGGCGGGGGAGGGGAAUUGGGGGAAGGGAGAAGGGAAUGGAAGGAUUGGGGGUCAAGGCGGGCGCUCACUUUUUGUGAGGAGGGCGCUUAUUUGGGGCGAACUGUGCUCAAAAAGCAGGACAAGGAAACCCCCGAACCUCCAGGGACGAAAGGAGUCUACUUUUCUACCUGAAUAUGGUAGAGAGAGAGAUAGACUGCUGCUGCGCUUGGAAGCUCCACCUCCGGCCGUCGUCUGCCUGCCCUAUCUCCCUGCCAACUGCCAUAUAACGGGGAGGGACAGGACGGCUAAAGAUGGCAUCCCCUUGCCCCUCCUAAGGACGCAUGGAAGACGGAGCGAGAUUGUUUUCUUCUGCUCUGGAGGGCAGGACUCGAGAUUCUAACAGGGGUCGGACUAGCUGACCCUUGGUGCCCCCUUCCAACUCCCACAGGACAGUGGUGCCUCAGGUUACAUACGCUUCAGGUUACAGACUCCGCUAACCCAGAAAUAGUACCUCGGGUUAAGAAUUUUGCUUCAGGAUGAGAACAGAAAUCGUGCAGCGGCAGCAGCGGGAGGCCCCAUUAGCUAAAGUGGUACCUCAGGUUAAGAACAGUUUCAGGUUAAGAACGGACCUCCGGAACGAAUUAAGUACUUAACCCGAGGUACCACUGUACUAUCAUUCCAGGAACAGAACAAGAGCCCAGCUGCUGGAUCAUCUUAGUCCAGCAUCCUGGUCCCACAGCUGCCCCAAAGGGAAGCACACAAGCAAGAUUCCAACAAACACAAAUAGCUGCCUCUCCCUUUCUGGCCACUGGCAUUCAGAGGCAUCAUGGCUAGUAGCCAUGGGUACUUUGCUUCUCCCAUGCAUUUGCCAAAUCCACUUUGAUAGCCAUCCAAGUUGGUGGACACCACUGCCCUCCUAUGGGAGAGAGAUACAACAGCCAAAGGGUGGACCCCCAGGUACUGAAGCAAUCUACCCUCUCAGCAUCAGAUAACAGAGAGGCGUGAGAUAGUUGAAGGUGAGGCUUCCAGGGGCAGAUGAAGUCUACCUCUGCAAUCAGCAGAUAAUGGGGAGAUAGACUUCACAACAAGAGCGGGUUGGGCUUGGGGCUUCAUGGGCUUGGGUGUUAUUGAGCUUCGAAAGGCAUGUGUGACUUCACUGAAUAGUUACAGGUAGGUAGCCGUGUUGGUCUGCCGUAGUCGAAACAAAAUAAAAUAAAAUAAAUUCUUCCAGUAGCACCUUAGAGACCAACUAAGUUAGUUAUUGGUUAGUUGGUCUCUAAGGUGCUGCUGGAAGGAUUUUUUAAGAUUUUAUUUUAUUCACUGGAUAGCAGAAGUGAACUUAGGAUAACCUUUGGUCUGCCCAACCUGGUAUUGUCAACCCCACACGUGAGGACCCUGUGGCUCGGCAGAUGUUGCUAGACUCCAACUCUCAUCAGCUCCAGCCAACAUGGACAAUAGUCAUGAAUGAUGGGCUUCCGAAUGGAGGGCACCAGUUGCCCUAUGCUUAAUGUAAAUGGAGAGAAAAGGGUGUAAGGAAACAAACCUCUGGGAACAACUGAUAGCAGAUUGUGGCUCUUGCUUGUACUUAUGAUUUCCCCCCCUCUUCUUCCCCCAUGAUUUCUUUCAGGGGUGACAGAGGCCGUGGUCGUGGCGGACGCUUUGGUUCUCGGGGUGGUCCUGGCAGUGGGUAAGUCCCACAUGAAAGUUAGGCAUCUGUCCAUUUCUAGCAGCACAAACACAGGAAACUGCCGUAUAUUGUGCAGGGCCAUUGGUCCAUCUACCUGCUCAGUAUUGUCUCCACUAACGGCAGCGGCUGUCCAGGGUUUCAAGCAGGGUUCUCUCCAGGGAAUACUGAAGGAAGCCCACUGGUCUGUUCAGCAAAGUUUUACCUGCAAUGACUGGAAGCAGGCAGGCAUUCAGACAGGAGACAUUUCCAUCCAUACAAGGCCAAAAUGGAACAGCUGAAACUGUGUGUCUCAGUAGACAGAACACACUAUGGUUUAGAUGGCCAAGUUUUCUAGGCAGGAAGCCUUAUUGGUUCUGCUGCUGUGGCUUACUCCCAAGCAUGUGUGCCUACUUGGGAGUAACUCACUGAAUAUACUGGGGCUGAAUAAUCACACAUAGGCUCUUGGUGUCGGCUUCACAUCGUUCUUCCUUAUAACAUCCCUUAAGUAAAGUCAGGAUAAGCUAAAGAACAUGAUCAAACCUGUGACAUAGGUCUUGAAUGUACUGUAAACUCUGGCAAGAGCAAAAUCAAAGCUCACCUUCCUAUGUUAACUGUGUUUCAGGUUCCGACCCUUCGUGCCUCACAUCCCUUUUGACUUCUAUGUGGUGAGUAGGCCUGACGGGUGCUUUUGAAUGUAGCUGGCAGUCCUAAGUUUGAGAAGUUUGUCUUGGGAAAUUAAAAAUCAACCCAGCAAGCUGUGGGAUUGGAGAACUUGGAAGCUUUCUGGAUACAGCCACGAAAUGGUGCGCCUGCAUUCUCAAAAUAUGCUAGGAAAAAAGUAGUGUGCAGGGUUGACAUCAAUUUUUGUAAUGCCUUGGAGCAGGAAUCAGACUUUUAGACCCACGCAUAAGUACACAUAAAGAGAUGGGUGAGAUCAAAUUGGAGGCCCUACCUUGCCUUAAAAAACAAAAACUGUCCUGUUUGUUCAAUGCCUGCCUGUUGUUGGUGGCUGUGUCAUGUGCACAGAUUGCUGUUUGGUGGUGCUGAGUGGUGAAACCACAUAUAUGAACACUGCUUAAAUGGGACCACUGAGGAUGAACAUAGUGCACUGUGUGUGUGUGUGAAAGUCUUCAUAAAGGUGUCCUCCUUCCUUCAGUGCGAAAUGGCUUUCCCCCGUGUGAAACCAGCCCCAGAUGAGACUGCCUUCAGCGAAGCCUUGCUAAAGAGAAACCAGGACCUUGCUCCCACUUCUGCUGAACAGGUGUGUUCUGCAUGAUUGCUGCACUCUCCCCGGUAGAAUUAAGAGGUUUCUGUCAAGGAGGUGGGAUAGGAACCCUGGAUAAAAUUAUUCAGUUGCUUUUCCUACAUAGGGGUGGUCAGACCUCUGUUUCCUCUAGGAGUUAAAAUAAAACAAUAAUAAAUUAAAAGGCAGUAAUGCUCUUUGAGCUAAAAAUUGAAAGCAGUAAUCGUCAUUAAACGUCACAUUGCCUACAAUUUCUUAGAGGCCUUUCACCACCCGUUCUCGAAAAAUAAGCCACGUUCCUGAAUUUAAGACUUAAUUUAUUCCCGAAAUAAUAGUUACUAAAUCUCCUAGUUAGGAUACAUUGCAGUCCUUCCUUGAUAUACGAACAUAGUCUUGUCUUUUUUACUUUAGACAUUGUAAUAUGAAGGGCAAAGGAUACAGUUAACUGCUAUUGUGUAAUUUGUGGUUUUGAUUGGAUGUUUUAUUUAUUAGUAUGUUAAAUUUUGCACAGCUGCGUUGAACUGCCAUUUGCACAUUAAAAUACGGUAUAUAAAUCAGGUAAUAAACAAAUGGCUACAUACUACUCUAUUUCCCUCUUCUGUACUAGGCUUCUAUCCUCUCUCUGGUGACCAAGAUCAACAAUGUGAUUGACAACUUGAUUGUGGCUCCAGGAACAUUUGAAGUGGUAAGUCAGUCUUCACUGAGAAGACAUUAGGAGAAUACUCGUAUUUAACAAGGGAGUAUGUGUUUUCAUCUGAAGGGUUGUGGUUUGCUGUGAGACUUCUCUCAGUAGACACAAUUGCCAAACUGGGAUUGAAACAGAAUGUCCGCUGAGCCAACCUCCAGGCAGGAUUGCAUCAGUCCCUCUAGCCUAGAUUUCAGAGUGUCACAGGCAACAGCUUUUUUAAAGUUUACAUUUGAAUUUCUGAGCAAGUGCUGUGGGCACCAUCUUCUCCGCUCCUCUCUCUCCCCACUCCCCUGAUCAGCCACCCCAAAAGUGACAGGCUCUGAGCUUGUAAAAAACAUAGAGCUGAAAGAGGAAGUGGGAAAGAGUGUCACUUUUCCAACUUCCUUUUUUAGCUCUAUGUCCUUUUCAAGAGAGAAGGGCAGUGGGCUUGGAGACUUUGUGGGCCAACUUGGGAAGAUCUGAACAGCAUAUUUAUGUGUACAUCUCUCUCUCUCUCUUGCCUUACCAGCAAAUCGAAGAGGUUCGCCAAGUGGGAUCCUACAAGAAAGGAACCAUGAUGACUGGCCACAAUGUGGCAGAUCUAGUUGUGAUCCUGAAAAUCUUGCCUACAUGUAAGUUUUUCUAUUCGCAAAGGGAAGGGGAAAUGGCAGACUGGGGUGGGGAGUGUGUUCUAAUGGAGCCUUCUGCAAUGAAUUUUGACUUCUGCUUCCAUCCACAGUGGAAGCUGUUGCCGCCUUGGGAAACAAAGUUGUGGAAAGCCUGAGGACGCAGGAUCCUGCUGAAGGUGAGCAGCACGUUUUGUCUGCCAUUGCCCUGUUCUAUGCAUCAGCACACUCAGUGCUGCAUUCCAAGCAAAAUAACCCCAGGGGGAAAGAUAUAUGCUAGUGGCACAGGCAGGAAACAACACUCAGGAAAACAGCUGUCUUUUGCCUCAAAUGCAAUUUGCUGGAUUUGGGAUGGGAAGACUGUGGCAUUCCAGAUACUGCUUGACUGCAAGUCCCAUCAUCUCUUAUAACUGCUGGGAGUUGGAGUCCAGCAACAUCUGAAGGACCACUGAUUUGGGCAAGAUUCACUACUGGGGUCCAGAGUACUAUCUGUUCCACAGUACAGAGAGAAAUGUCACCAAGCAUUGAGAGCUGUAGCUACUCCUCAGUCACUUCUUGGCUCAUUUCAUCCCUGAUUUUUUCUCCCCUUAGUAUUGACCAUGCUCACCAAUGAGACCGGCUUCGAAAUCAGUUCUGCAGACGCAACAGUGAAGAUUCUUAUAACCACUGUGCCCCCCAACCUCCGCAAGCUGGAUCCCGAGCUGCACCGUAAGGAAAUCCAGGCAGUUUGUUUUCUCUGCAGUGGAGGGGCAGGGGGAAGGGCAGGAUGGAUGGAGGUUGACCUUGCUUAAAUAGGUUGUGCUUUUGGUAGAAGAGUAGAAAAGAGCAACCUGCCCAGAGGGCCUUGUGUGCUGUUUUUAUUGGGUUGAGGUGUGUGUGCCCAGCAUAGAAGGCAGGAGUAUUUCCCUGCUGAACAGAGUUUUCCUAAUGCCGCCACUUCUGUUGUCUUCUCUCCACUCACCAGUGGAUAUCAAAGUGCUUCAGAGUGCUCUGGCAGCUAUCCGACAUGCUCGCUGGUUUGAGGAAAACGCGUCUCAGUCCACGUAAGUUCAGUCCACGUAAGUCUCUCUCCCUUUGCGCCUGGGGAGCCACCUUUGCUCCUCCUGCAGAGGUGGCCCUCCAAGCCUUCUAGCCUUGCUUUUGCCCCCAAGGUGUUUUUUUUAAAAAACAAACACCUAACUGCAGUGUGUCCUUGAGCUCUGAUAAUGUCGCUUGCUGUCUGCAUGUAGGACAGAGAGGUGUGUGCAAGAAACUAGCCUAUGGCAUAACGGUUAUAUUUACAUUUGUUCCUAUGCCCAAUUUUGCCUCUGCCCCCCCGCCCACCAGAAGGGAAUGCCGCCUUCAGGCUCAAAAAGGUUCUCCUGCCCUUGUGGAAGGACAUAGGGGAGGAAGCUCCCCAAUCUGUAAAACUUAAGGCAGACUAGGGUCAACCUUAGCUCUUACACUGGGAAACAUCAAGGCUUUGAUGCAUCUCUGAGUUUGGACUUGCUCCAGCUGCUUGCUUCUGGUGCUCUUGGUCCAGGUCCUAACCCCUGGCAGAACUCCCAUAUCUUGGGGACGUAUGUCUAUUCACAAUGAGCCUCCUUCUGAUUCUCCAGACUCUGGCAUGGGGGCAGUUGAGGCACAAGGAUGAGGUGUUCUUUGUGUAGAUUUGCUCGCUUCUAGUGCUGCUUGUGCAAGAUUCAUGCCUUUGCAGUUGGAUCUCCUAAGCUGGCAUAAGAGCAGAGUAGCCUUGCUGGAUCAGAUCAAAAUGUCAGUUUAGUCCAGCAUCCUGUUUUGUAGAGUGGCUUACCAGAUGUCUCUGGGAAGCUCACAAGUAGUAUAUGAAGACAGAAGCCACACUUACACACAGAAUUUGCCCCCUUUCAGAUGUCAUUCAGAGGUAAAUGCCUCUAAAUAGGGAGAUUUCAUGUAGCUUUUGUGGCUAAUCCACCAAUGGACACCCUCCUCUUUAGUAGUAUAGAGUCCAGUAUUCUAGAGAAAACCAUCACCACCAUUUGUUUUAGAAAAUUUAUAAACGGCUUGAUCCAAACACACACACACCCCCAGCAUGGUUCAAAUAAAUAAAACAUGGCUACAGCCCACAAGCUAAUUCAAAACAAAUACACACAAAAACUAUCAUUUUAAAACAAAGAUAGUAUCAACAACACAAUAGAUAGAUACAUAUUCUGGGGAUGACAUUGUUACCUUCUUUCAGAGUGAAAGUCUUGAUUCGUCUGCUGAAGGACCUCAGGAUGCGGUUCCCAGGCUUUGAACCCCUCACACCCUGGAUUCUUGACCUGCUGGUAUGUGGAGAGAUCAAGGGCAGGUGCUUGGCUUCCACUGUGGGCUGAUUCUCUAAUGGUGGCUGCUUCAUGUUAUGCUUUCUUGAUCAAAACAUUCAAGGAUUCUGUUUUUGCAGUUGGGAGAAGCUUGGCAGCGAUCUGCAUCCCUUUUUCCUGUGUGACAACACUUUGAAGUUGUAGAUCAGAACUAGGACUGAUCUUUUUUAAAAAAAAUCAUGAAUUUAAAACAGUUAAGGAAAAUGAAUGUGGAGACUCCAUUGGGUCAAAGACAGGCUCCUGAAUAAUUUAAUCCAUAACGUAGUGCAUACUUAGAAGGGUUGUUUUUCAUUUGCAGGUAAUUGCAUAAGAUUGAGGUGCUCCUUAACUUUUUUCCCAUGCGAAUAUAAAUAUUCUGCAGGGAAGGAAAGGGUGACAACAUAUUUACUAUAUAUACUGGAAAGUUGUGUGCUGUGCAUUUGGACACCUCUUUAGGCAGUGGAACCAAUUUGCUGCAUGAUGUCUCCUGAGAUCAAUGAGCAGCUUUUCACUUACCUUUGGAUCCAGUUGGAUGCCAUUUUGAAUCAAGAUGGUAGACUGAACCUUGCCAAACCACCGAUUUCAAAACUCCACUGGUUUUCGUUUGUUUCCUAAAAUUCCUGAGCAGCUCCAGGUAUGAAGCUGCCAGUGCUUAGUGAAAUAAAAUGUUGAACUGUCUUCUCAGUAAGCCCAACUGAAUUUAGUUGGAAUCCUUUCCCAAGCCAACACAGACAGAAUUGUAUUGCCAGUAACUGGGGAAGCAGGAUGGAGAAAACAAAGCUCUACUAUUUGCUCUUCUCUUUGGUUCUAGGGACACUAUGCUGUGAUGAACAACCCCACACGGCAGCCCUUGGCUCUCAAUGUUGCCUACAGGUAUAGUCAAAACCCUUUUAAAAUUCAGGGGGGAAGAAGAGAAUUUGUGUCUUCCAAGUGCCACAUGGCGGGGGGUAUUAUUAUUACUAAUCUUGCUGCUUCUUCGCAGGCGCUGCCUUCAGAUCUUGGCUGCUGGGCUCUUCCUUCCUGGCUCUGUCGGCAUCACUGACCCCUGUGAGAGCGGGAACUUCAGAGUCCACACAGUUAUGACCCUGGAGCAGCAGGUAACCCAUCCCCCUCCUUUAACUGAGAUACCGUACAGUCCAAGGAUUUAGGUUGGGGCGGGGGACACCCGUACAAGAAUGUACAAGAAGGGUUGAGGACCUGUGGCUCUCCCAAGUGUUGUUGGAACCACAACUCAACAUCGUCCCUCACCGUUGGCCAUGCUGGCUGGGGCUGAUGGGAGUUGGGAGCCCAUCAACUUCUGCAGGGCCACGUGAUCCACACACACAUACACCAGUUACAUAUGCAUGCCUGAUUGGUUGAGAUACGUGUCUGGGAAAGGGGUUGGGGAUCCUGUAGCCCUCCAAAUGCUGCUGGACUCCCAGCUCACAUUAUCCCUAGCCACUGGCCCUUCUGGGGCUUAUGGGAGCUCAACACCACAUGGAGGACCAUCGCUGGUAUAGUGGCUAUAAACAUGAGCUGAAAGCCCUUGCCUCUGCCACAAACUUAGCAUACAUGGCUUUAGCCAAACCUCUACUCUUAAUAACAUUGGCCGGCCUGCCAGGGCUGUUUCAAAGUACACUCUGUGAAAGAGGUGUCAACUAUUCAAAUACUUUCUGGAGCAAGAUGAGCACCAUGCCUCCAGCUUAUCAGCAGAUUUUGGCCACCUACAAAUAAUUCUAAUCCUCAUGGCUAAAAUGCCUGCAUAGGAUUGUCAGAGUUGGCAAUGAGCCCAUAGGUUUCACACAUGCUUUGAGAUGCUUUGCAGAUUACAAAAGCAUGAAGUUCAACUACUGUGUGUCGUGCACUGUUUGAAGAGGCAAGCGUGUGUGCCCUUGCUGUCGGUUAGAGAGAAAUGUGCUGUGCAGGUGGAUCUUCAAGAAGCCUUGAAGAUGCUCUGAAAGUGCAGGGAGGGGGCGAUGUGUGACUGGCCUUUCUCUUUCCAUCUAGGACAUGGUCUGCUACACAGCCCAAACCCUGGUCCGCAUUCUCUCUCAUGGCGGAUACCGGAAGAUCCUUGGGCAAGAAGGAGAUGCCAACUGUAAGUAGGAGCUCUUGGAAGGAGCUGUGGCUCAGUGGCUGGAGCAUAUGUCCGGGAUCUCCUUGUUGGGCUGGGACACCCUCCAGAUGGAAACCUUGGAGAAUGCCAGUCAGAGUAGACAGUAUAGAGCUAGAUGGACCCAAGAGUCUCACCAGGUACAAGGCAGGUUCCUAUGUUGGAAAGACAGAUGGAAAGUGGGGCUCUCUCAAACAGUUUUGCUGGGACAGGCCUGCUCAAUCAGGCCUCCUCUCCUUCAGCUGUCACCUGGGAGCAGGUGUUUCUUCAGACUGCCUCCAUGGGAGAUAGGAAGAAGGGCUCACUCACUCCUGUUUCAUCAGGUGCCUCCUGCCCCUGAACUGGGCCACCUGGCCAUUAUAAAAACAACUGUUUAAGAAGCAGUGCCCAAGUUUUUUGUCCCCCAAUUCCUUUUGUGUGCAGUGUUCCUUUAAAUUGCAAGUAUAUAGGCAGGGUCUGUCUUGUUUUAACUGAUUGUACAUAAGCCAAUCUGGGAGCCCUUUGGGCCAAAACCAGGGUGCAGAUGUUCUAAAUAAAUAAAUAAAUAAAAUGAAGAGUGGGGGCACUGGCACACAUUAUCACUCAGCUAUUGUAACCAAGGAAGUAACUAGUCUACCUCUAGGCAAGUGAGCAGCAGCAGCCUCAGGUGUUAAAAUAUUAUUGGCUCCAAAUCUUGUGCUAGAGGAAUCGGGUGGUCUACAUAUAGAAAUAAGGCCACACUUUGUUCUACUACAUUGCAGCCUUUGGCUGUAGUUGAGGUGAAAGAUGUUUAGAAAUAGGCAGCGAAAAUCCAACAGGAGAAUUACCUUAGGGGAGAUGUGCCAUGGCCGACAGAUGGCUUGUCAGCAGCAUCAAACAACAAUCCUAAUCACAUUUAUCCUGAGUGUAAGCCCCAUUGAACUUGAUAUGACUUAAAUUCAGAAUAAGACGAGCAUAGGAUUGCAUGCUGGCCCUGGGCUGCUCGUUCCUCGGUGCACUUAGCCCAGGUAUUUGGAACCCAUGGCCUUGCGGGUGAACUACAACCCCCCUCAUUCCUGGUCUACAGCUGGGAGUUGUAGUUCAGCAACAUCUGGAGAGCUAAAGGUUCCUGCUCUAGUGCAGUGUUGGUUGUACAGGCUUAACUACCUGACUCACCACCACCCUGGAACGUCCCUUGUUUCGCAGACCUGGCUACCGAGAUGUCUACCUGGGAAGGUGUGAUCGUGACCCCGUCGGAGAAAGCAUACGAGAAACCACCUGAGAAGAAGGAAGGGGAAGAGGAGGAAGAGAACCAGGAAGAGACUGCUACCGGAGAAGAGGAAGAGAGCAUGGAAACCCAAGAGUGACCUGCCAGGUGUGAUGUGGUGGAUUCAAGGGGGCAGCCCUCUCUGGUUUCUCUCACCCCCGACAGUAACACAGCUCUCCCAGCACACCUGAUUGAUAGCUGGUUAUGCCAAGAGCUCCACUCCAGCCACCUUUAUUCCCUCUUCCUGGCUUCCCUUCCACUGAGCCCAUUGACUUGGUGUCUGUUCUGGAUAUGUUCACCCUGGUGGUGACAGCUACAGAUGGCACUCUGUCCCACACCCUCUUGGAGCUGUGUGUGCUUUCCAAGGCCAAGGUUAAAUUUCCUAGGUCAUACUUUUUACCCAGAACCCCUUGAAAAGUGGUGUGCCUGCUUGUUUUAUUUGACUGGUGGGGGGUGGGGUGGAUAAGAGACUAGUGACCCCUGGAUAAUUAUGGUGUGGAAUACCUGUGUUGCUUAGAAUGCUGAUUAAGAAGCAAAGAAGAGGAGAAAUGGCCUGAGCUGGUGUUCAAAGCUGUUUUGCUUCUGUCUUUCAGUGACCCUCUCCCCUUGCCUCUGCUACUGAUGGAUGAACAGUUGAAGAAGGCCAAACCUGACUCCCCUUUUCUGUGUGUUAUUCUAAUUGUCUUGUUUUUUAAAAUUCUUGCUAUUAAAAUUGUGUUUUCCUUUUAAAA